UGAAGCUUUUUUUUUUUCCCAAGUUGUGGAAAUUGAACUCCGAAAUUUUCAUAACAUGACAAAGAUGUUUAAAUGUCCGAAAAAUUACUUGUGAGAUAUUGGCUUUCCAAGUGAGAGCUCAAAAAAGUGCGUUUGAUCUGGCGCCAACAGAGAUUCAUGAAUUGAAAAUUUAGGGGAGACCGGCAAGAAGAGGAGGAGGACGACGAUCAAAGCAAAGAAGCAAUCAAUUGAUGCCCAGAUCUUCAAAAAAUUUAUAUCACUGAGUUUUAAAGAACACAAGUUCAAGGUACACUGAAGUGCUUUAUGCAGCCAACAAAAGGGAUUUGGUUGGUUUAUUGGUAAACAUAUUGGCGUUUCUGGAGGAUUCCAUGGCAGGCAAUGGCCUGCCGACACUGGGCCGGGUGAAACUUGUCGAUUUAAUACCAUCCGAAGGCCUUCCUUCGGAUUCGUAUAAACUGUCAGUUUCGACUUUGUCACAGUCCUUGGCUCAAUAUUCAGCCGCUAUUAUCCAAUUCCCCAUGAAUGUUGGAGCUCUUUUAAGGUCUUGUCUGGAGUCAUCACGUCUCUACUUUCAUCAUAAGCCGCCAUUCCCUUCUGCUGAUAGUAUUCAGCACAGCGAGUCUCGUGAAUGGUGCAAGACUUCUGGUUAUCGUGCAGACCCUCAUAUGUGGCAAGAGAUUUAUGAUUUUAGGCCUGGGCUUACUUCUACCGAACCCGGUAAUGAAAUUGAAAUCCCUCCAGCUGGUUUAGUUGACAUAUACUCGCUGCUUGGGAAAGCAUCUCGUGACAUACUGGAUGCUAUCAGCUUCUACCUGAAUCUCCGUAGUUCACCGUUCACUGAACUACUUGAUAAUGUUCCUUUAAGAAAUCGUGAAAUUUCAUCUUCUGUAGUGUCUGUCUGUUGUCAUGGGAGGCCUUCUUUUCAGGGAGCACAGCAUCAUAAUUUGACCGCUCAAGAAGAUGGCCAGAUAGUUAUGUUCUCAGACCAUGACUAUCAGGUCGAUAGAACCCUUUUAACUCUUCUCAAGUCGGAUAAGGCAGGUCUGUAUAUAAGAGAUCUUCAUGGUCAUUGGGUUCUUGUGGAUGGUGAUCUUGGACCUCAAGAAGCAAUAGUGUAUCCUGGACUUGCUUUAUAUCAGGCGACCGCAGGUUAUAUAAAUCCUGCCAUGCAUCGAACGGAUAUUAGUAAUCUCCAAGGUUCUAUAUACGGCCGCUGCACUCUAGCAUUCAAACUCAUGCCUAAAUCCAUGGCCAGUCUCAAUUGUUCAGAGAUGAGAGCUGCUGGGCAUGGAGUGGAAGCUCAAUUCCAGCUUCCUGUGCCAGUUGAUGACUUCAUGCAAAGAUCCACAGAUCAACUUCUCAAUCGGAACAGUUUUGCCACUUUUAGUUUCCCGGCAGCCCAAGAAGGAUCUAUAAAACCCAUUAUGCAGAGGAAGAAGAAUAAUCUUAGAUGUAAGCCCCUUCCACCUUCAAAGAGGCUCCGGCUCGAGGCCCAGAGAGUCUUGAAAGAGAGGGUUCAAGAUAUUGCUGAUAAAAAGGGCAUCAAGUUGAGAUUUUGCACCUUGAAGGAGUGUGAGGGUCACAUCCAUUCGCUAGAUAGUCCAUGUGCGAAUGUAAGAAUGGAGAUUGGGUGGCCACCAGGAGUUCCAUUUGUCCACCCACACGAUCUUCCAAACAAGGCAAAAAUUGGAUUUCUCGAAACCUAUGAACCUGGAUGGUCCGAGACAAAUGACAUAGAGUAAUGCCAACUGAGAUGGCAACUGCAUUUUGUAUGAUCUUACAGCGACUCACUUAUUGAUCAUAGGCGCGGAGAUUUCUCCUGCCAUGAAAGUUUUGUUACCAUAUAGGAAGUUUGGGAUAAUGUAAUUCUACUAUUUCUAUUACUUCAUUUUAUCAUUGGGAAAAUUCAAUCAAAGACCAGACCACAAUGUAAUCAAGUCUAUCUAUAUUUAUGGAAAUGCUGCAGCUAAUUCUUAUA